GCCUUAUAAAAUCUCCACCCUUUAUUCCUUGCCCCGUUCUUUUUCUAUUGCGAUUUGCGGGUCUCCCGAUUUGCCGUCUUCGCCUCGCUCUCUCUCCCUGCUUCUUCUUCUCUCUCGCUCUUCUGCUAAACGCAUCCCAGUGUAUACACAAUAAUACUGCCGCAUAUAUUUGCCGAGAGAAGAAUCGGGGGUACGAAGCUAAGGGAUGGAUUCAGAUCAAGGGAAGCUUUUCAUUGGUGGCAUAUCUUGGGAGACGGAUGAAGAGAAGCUGAAGGACCACUUUCAGAGCUUCGGCGAGGUUUUGCAGACUGUGGUGAUGAGAGAUAAGAUUACCGGGAAACCCAGAGGCUUUGGAUUCGUUGUAUUCGCAGAUCCGAACAUUCUAGAUUCAGUUCUCCAGGAAACCCAUACCAUCGAUGGCCGUACGGUUGAGGCCAAAAGGGCCAUAUCAAAAGAGGAACAGGUCUCCAGAACUGGAAAUUCCAAUGGUGGCAGAAGUUAUGGUGGUGGUGGUGGUGGUGGCAGCAGCAACAAGACUAAGAAAAUAUUUGUUGGGGGGUUGCCCCCUGCUCUGACCGAGGAUGGCUUCCGUGGUUACUUUGAAGCCUAUGGUAAUGUAACUGAUGUUGUAAUAAUGUAUGAUCAGCAGACCAACCGACCACGCGGAUUUGGUUUUAUUUCAUUCGAUUCGGAGGAUGCAGUGGACCAGGUUUUACACAAGACCUUUCAUGAUUUGAAUGGUAAGCAAGUAGAAGUAAAACGUGCACUUCCUAAAGAUUUUAGCUCUGGCUCUGGAUCUGGCUCUGGAUCUGGUUCUGGUGGUGCCCGCUCAAUGGGAGGCAGUGGUGGUGGUUAUCAGGGCUAUGGAGGAGGUGGUGGAAACAAUCCAAAUUCUUAUGAAAGUCAUAUGGAUUCAAAGUACGCGCAGCAACAAAACACUGUAUCAGGGUAUUCCCCCUAUGCUUCGUCUGGAUAUCCCUCUGCUGGUUACGGGUAUGGACCGUCCAACAAUGCGAUGGGCAGUUAUGGUGGUUACGGAGGUUAUGGUGGCGGAGCCACUCCUGGCUAUGGUGGACCUGCAGCUUCUGUCUAUGGAAAUCAAAAUCUUCCUGGUGGCGGCUAUGGAAGUGGUUCAGCAGAUGGACAAAGAAGCUCAUGGAACCCCCAGGGUCCUGCUUAUGGUGGCAAUGUGGGCUAUGGAGGUGUGGGAGGUGGAGGAAACACAGGCCAUUCUCCAGCUGAAGCAGCAGGUUAUGGGAGUCAGAGUUAUGGUUAUGGUGGGUAUGAUGGGUCUUAUGGAAAUCAAGCUUCUUAUGGGGCGGUGGGCCGUACUGCUGGUGGUCCAGCAAGUAGCAAUUCCUCUGCUGGCGGUGGUGGAGAGAUGCAAUCUGGUGGGUACGGGGUAUAUGGUGACGCCAGUGGGAAUUAUGCGUCACAAGCUUCUGGAAAUUAUGGAACAAAUGGAAACCAAGGUGGUUAUGGAGGUGGUUAUGGGGGUGGCCCAGCUCGGCAAACCCAACAACAGUGAUGAGAAGUUACUUUGCUUUCUGUGGAAUUCAGUCUUUUCAUUACGGGUCUUGUGUUUCAUGAGCUGAGAGAGGGGGUGACUGUAUCAAUACAUCUUACCUGCUUAAUUGGACUGGAGAAGAAGCUCUCAAGUAAGGAGGGUGGUGAGAAGGGUUCACUUAAGGUGGAGUUCGGAAUGCAAUCAAUAUCUUGAAACUGGAACUGGUGAUCUGGGCCAAGCUGCUGUUGUUGAGCUCAUUCUACUCACAGCCAACAAUGGUAUGUUUUGGGCUCAUCAGCACAUGCGGUUGUCUCAUUAAUUUAAUUAGGUACCUUAGAAUUUUAACAAAUAUAAUUCAAUGCCUCAUAUAGGAUACCGGAAAUGGUUGAUGAUGUAUCCAUUCAUGGUUGAUGGUACCUAAAAAAAAUUGCUGCAACUCAGCAGUUAAUUGCAGUUGAUUGAAUAGUGUUUUAGCUGGAUUAGAGAAAGCUUUUUAUGAAUUUCUUGUAGGGUCAAUACUACAGAAUUUCUGUUUCUAAAACUAGAGCAUGGCACAAUUCCAGCGGACAGUGGGGGUGGUUAUUUUCUGCAAUUAUUCAAAACUAGUACUACCUCCGUCCCAUAUUUAUCUUCAUAGUUCGGUUUACGAUGCUUGACUGACGAUAAAGCAACUCGAUCCCUGUUCACACUCGGAUUAUUUUUAGUAAAUAAAAUUUACAUAUUCAGAAACUACAUUAAAACCGCUACAAAGCCUGAUCAAGAAAAUUUAAGUUUGAUAAAAAUUUGAUAUAUAAAGUAAAAGAUUAAGAGUAAUUUGAGUUGACCAUGUGAAUAGUAACUAUGAAGAUAAUUUUGGGACGGAGGGAGUACAGUUUUUGUGAAUUUCUUGUUGGGGUUGCAUUGUUAAAGUUCUGUACUCUAAACCUAAACCUGACUUGGCUGGCUGAUGUCUGGCUCGGUCACUGCCUACAUAACGUCAUAACUGGCUUGUCUUUAACUUGGUUGAAGUUGUUUAUAAAAAGACCAGCAUGUGUCUGGCUUCACUUUA